AUGCUUACUCAGUCCUCUCGAAUCCUCCUCGCCAGAUCAUCUGCACCGAGAUCAUUGCCAGUUGCAAGAGCAGCGGUGUCAACCUGGGCCAAUGUUCCUGCUGGUCCACCUGAUCCUAUUCUCGGUGUAACUGAAAAGUUCAAGGCCGAUAAAUCACCAAAGAAGAUCAACCUCGGUGUCGGAGCUUAUCGAGAUGGUCAAGGUAAACCAUAUGUUCUUCCUACCGUUAAAAAAGCAGAGAAGAUCCUCUCGGAUGCUAUGCAAGAUAAAGAGUAUCUCCCUAUUACCGGGUUAGCAGACUUCACAAAGCUCGCUGCUGAGUUGGCUUAUGGAAAAGACUCGAAACCCAUUGUAGAGAAACGACUCGCCAUCACCCAAUCUAUCUCUGGUACAGGUGCACUCCGAAUUGGUACUGCCUUCCUUGCUAGACAUUACCCAGGAGCCAAGACCAUCUACCUACCUACUCCUACAUGGGGUAACCACAUCCCCAUCUCCAAGGAUUCAGGUCUCGAGGUCAAGCAAUACAAGUACUUUAACAAGGAGACCGUAGGACUUGACUUUGAGGGUAUGAAAGCUGAUAUCAAGGCUGCGCCAGAAGGUUCAAUUAUCCUUCUCCAUGCUUGUGCUCACAACCCUACCGGUAUCGAUCCAACCGAAGCUCAAUGGAAAGAACUCUCCGAUAUCGUCAAGGAGAAGAAACACUUCCCAUUCUUCGACAUGGCCUACCAAGGUUUCGCUUCCGGUGAUAUCCUCAAGGACGCUUUCGCUGUUCGAUACUUCAUUGAACAAGGUCAUCAACUCCUCCUUUGUCAAUCUUUCGCUAAAAACAUGGGUCUUUACGGUGAACGAGUCGGAGCUAUCUCAUUCGUCUGUGAAUCACCCGAAGAGAAAGCUAGAGUGGACUCCCAAUUGAAGAUCCUCAUUAGACCUUUGUACUCCAACCCUCCAGUCCACGGUGCACGACUGGUCAGCACCAUCCUCUCAUCCCCUGAACUCACCCAAGAAUGGCUCGUCGAAGUUAAAGGUAUGGCCGACAGAAUUAUCGAGAUGAGAGAGAGAUUGUACAACAAGCUCGUCGAGUUGAACACUCCUGGGGAAUGGGGUCAUAUCAAAUCGCAAAUUGGAAUGUUCUCCUUCACUGGAUUAAAAGCUGAACAAGUCGAUGCCUUGGCUGAAAAAGCUUCGAUCUACCUUACGAGAGACGGUAGGAUCUCUAUGGCUGGUUUGAACAGUAACAAUGUUGAUUACUUUGCUGAAUCAGUUUCGAAAGCUGUUAAAGGUGAACUUUAA